AAAAGCUCGGCCGACGUGGCAACCUGGUCCUCGGUUGUUAUUCAUUUGACAUUGAAGUUCACCAAUUCCAGAAAAAAAGACGUUGGAAAAUCGCAGUGCGCGAAGAAAGUACAAAAAGUCAGGGAACACGUUAUUAGUUAAUACAACACCACAAAUCCAUUACUAACGCAAGCAAAACGGCAAAGUUGUGGGUUGGCGCUCUGCAGAUUGGCCGGACCCAGAUAAAACAGCAGCUACUAUACAGCAUUGUGCGGCCGGGAUCCACGACCGUAUUUAAGAACAUGGCCGGCGCACUGCCCACGCUGACCCAGGAGCCGACCUACCAGAAGCUGCAGGAGCUCUUCGAUAGCCAAGGCAAGGACCUGAACAUCAAAGAUCUGUUCGUGAAGGACCCCAAGCGGUUCUCCAAAUACAGCCUGCGCCUGCACACUCAGAACGAUGGAGAGAUACUGCUGGACUACUCGAAGAACCGCAUUAACGACGAGGUCUGGGACCUGCUCCUCGCUCUGGCAAAGGUGCGACGUGUGGACGCCGCCCGCGAUGCCAUGUUCGCCGGCCAGCACAUCAACAUUACUGAGAACCGUGCCGUCCUGCACACGGCGCUGCGCAACCGCGGCACGGAUUCUGUGCUCGUUGACGACAAGGAUGUGAUGCCGGAGGUGCGUGCCGAGCUGGCCCACAUGAAGGAAUUCACCAACAAGGUCAUUUCCGGUGUGUGGCGCGGCUGCACCGGCAAACAGAUCACCGACGUUGUCAAUAUCGGCAUCGGUGGCUCCGAUCUGGGCCCAUUGAUGGUCACCGAGGCGCUGAAGCCCUACGGCAAGGGCCUGCACUCGCACUUCGUGUCCAACAUCGAUGGUACCCACCUGGCGGAGGUGCUAAAGAAGGUCAACUACGAGACCACCCUGUUUAUUGUGGCCUCGAAGACUUUCACCACCCAGGAGACCAUCACGAACGCCACUUCGGCCAAGGCCUGGCUCCUGGACCUGGCCAAGGAACCCGAGUCCGUGGCCAAGCAUUUCGUGGCUUUGUCGACCAACAAGGAGAAGGUCACAGAGUUCGGCAUUGACAGCGCCAAUAUGUUCGGCUUCUGGGACUGGGUGGGCGGUCGUUACUCCCUGUGGUCAGCCAUUGGACUGUCCAUCUGCCUGUCCAUUGGUUUCGAGAACUUUGAGCAGCUGCUGGAUGGCGCCCAUUAUAUGGAUAACCACUUCAGGUCAACGCCGUUUGAGAAAAAUGCACCUGUUAUCCUGGCGUUGCUUGGUGUCUGGUACUCCAACUUCUUCAAAGCGGAGACGCAUGCCCUACUCCCGUACGACCAGUACUUGCACCGCUUCGCCGCCUACUUCCAGCAAGGUGACAUGGAGAGCAACGGCAAGUUCGUGAGCAAGGCGGGCAAGGCUGUCAAGUACAGCACCGGUCCGAUUGUGUGGGGCGAGCCGGGCACAAAUGGCCAGCAUGCCUUCUACCAACUCAUCCACCAGGGCACCCGCCUGAUCCCCUGCGACUUUAUUGCCCCCGCUCAGACGCACAACCCCAUUGCCGGUGGCAAGCACCACAAGAUUCUACUCUCGAAUUUCCUGGCCCAAACGGAGGCUCUUAUGGCCGGCAAGACCGCCGACGAGGCUCGGGCCGAGCUAACCAAAGCAGGACUGUGCGGCAAUGAGCUGGAGAACCUGCUGCCCCACAAAGUCUUCGUUGGCAACCGGCCGACCAACUCGAUUGUGGUGAAGAAGGUCUCGCCGUUUACACUGGGCGCAUUGAUUGCGCUCUACGAGCACAAGAUCUUCGUGCAGGGCAUCAUCUGGGACAUCAACUCGUUCGACCAGUGGGGCGUUGAGCUGGGCAAGCAGCUGGCCAAGGCCAUCGAGCCGGAGUUGGACCAUUGCAACGAGGUCUCCUCGCACGACAGUUCCACAAACGGUUUAAUUAACUUCAUCAAGGCCAAUUGGAAGUAAUUUCCGGGCACUCGUCGGCUUUUUGUUGCAAAUUAAAAUGAAAUGUUCACACAUAAUGCUCUAAUUGUUAGUAGUUAUUGAGACGUUAUUGAGGAGGAGCCGCUGCUUAUGUAUACCCGUUCUCGGCACAAUAUUCAACUGUAUUUAUGGAAUCGGAAACGUUUGUUUGCUUGCGCGUAUCGAUAAAAAUCUCAUGUCGGAAUUAGACCAACCCAAUUGGCUCCCUCUACUAUUCGUUGUUGCACACGUAGUUUCAAAAACCACAAAUAAAAAAUUUCUGGAAUUCGGUGUAGAAAACUGUGUUUGGAAAA